AUGCCUAAAGCCGCCGCCUCCAACAAAGCUGCCUCUUCCGGCAAGCCCCUCCACAAAUUCUACGUUGACGCUGCCGUCCCCGUUAACGACAACGUCUUCGACUUGGCUGCGUUCGAGAAAUUCCUCCACGACAGAAUCAAGGUUGAUGGAAAAGCCGGUCAACUCGGUGAUGUUAUCCAAAUCGCCAAAGAGGGAAACAAGAUCGUCCUUACCUCUUCCAUCCCCUUCUCUAAGCGAUACCUCAAGUACCUUACCAAGAAGCACCUCAAGAAGAACUCUUUCGAGAACUUCCUCCGAGUCGUUGCUACUGCCAAGGACACCUACUCUCUUCGAUACUUCAAGGUUGACCAAGAUGAGGUAGAGGAUGAGGAGUAA